GAGAGUAGAGGAGGGAAAGGAGCUCUGUGCUUACUGUCUCCUGGCUCUGCGAUCGUUUGCGGUUCUGCUAGCCAACCUUCGCCGUCGAAGCCAAUUUCCACCUGGCCAGGCUCGCUCGAUCAGGACCUGAAAACGCUGCAGUGAUAUCAGCGCAUACGUUCCGAGCACUGUCAGUUGAUUUCCUCGUGGAAUAUGUCUGAAACUGACGAAGGAUCCACUGGUUUUGAACUUUUGGAUGAGGAGAACACUCCGGAAGCGCCGUCGACUCCUGAGGCGAAAGCUAAAACGUCUGUUAAGAGUAAACCCGAAAGACUGAGCAAAGGAGAGCAGAAAAUCCUCGCCACACCCAAAUCUGUGAGAGCAGAAGCUGUUGUCGCUACUCCCGGAAGAGAUUCCACGAUGGCUUCGGGGAUAUCCCAACCGUCCGAGACAAUCGAACGGAAUGUUGCCAACGUACGGAUCGGUGAUGAUGCACAAGGCGAUUCUGCGACAACUCAACUGAAUGCCGAGAUGGUUUGGUCCGGUCUACAAUGGGGAGCCUCGUUUCUGUCGAAAGUCACCGAGAAGGCUAAAGAAUCUGUCGAUAAAGUGAUCACAACACUAGACCCUCAAAUGAAGCCCAUCAUCUUCUCGGGAGGAGAUCUCAGUAUUACAGUGGCGUCCGACAAAAAAGACAAAGUCAUGCCGAUCCAGGACGCUUUUUGGGAUGUUUUCGGCAGAGCUACCGUGGAAGGCGUGAAAGCUCAACCAUCGUCAAUGGCAGCACAACCGGUCGGAUUCACGGCGGGUUUGAAGGCAGCUGAAGACCGAGUGGCUUGUCUACACAACACCGGCGAUGUCGACCCUCUGAGUCCUGUUAUCGCGGUGGAGGGUUUCCUCGCGGAGCUCAGCACCGAUCGCUGGUUUGAAAUGUCGUGUGUUCUACUAGUCGAUAAACCAAACGAUAUUAGCAUCUCGAUCUACACUCAAGCAACGCCUCUGGACGAACAGUGGAUCAAUCAGAUUAAAGACGGAACUCCUCCCGACUAUCCUUUGAGCUGGUGCGGAUUCGCCAAAACAGUCGGAGAAGUCGCCGCAGCCGCUUUGAAUUGCGAGCGCGAGGACUGGCACGAGAAACAUACCGGGCUGCCGCGAUGUGCCACGAUCUACCAAGCUGCCAAGAGUCUGGCGUUCCUGUACCGGCGGAAACUCCAAGAAAAAGCUCCUUCAGCCGUGAUUUCGAGCCAACCUGAGAUAUCCCUGCAUGAGUCGGUGAGACUGAAAAUUGAAGAGCUCAUGACACUACUUGAAUAAAGCGAUUAUAACGACCAUAGAAGGAAAGAAUCACCGAAUUUUCGAUGUUGCUCAGAUUUAUUGGAACGUCUUCAGAUUCGAAUGUAGAGCCGGGCUGGACUCGAGGCGAUCCGAAUAAAGCGACUGACGCAGAAAA